AUGUUGAGUCGAAGGUUAUUGCGGGGUUUUGGGAUAUUAAAGUAUGAGGCGAGAUUUUUGUCAACUGCAGUGAAAAAAGAGGCUGAAAAUGAGAAGGUGGUUUUCGAGAAAAAACGACCGGAGGUUUUUGAGGUGGGUUUUGGCUGAAAAAUCUGAAUUUUAGGUUUUCAUUGAAAAAAAUUGAAAAUUCUAAAAUUUAUCGAAACAAUAGUAUUUCUGAACUGAAAAAUCGAUAGAAAUACAUUCCUAAAAAUUUUACAAUUAAAUGGGGUGUCCAAAAAUAAAAAAAAAAGAAAAUUUCACAGCUCGAUGGUCGAAAACAUAAAACCGACGAUGUUUGGAAUCUCUCCCCAGCAGUUCGACAUUUAUUAAAUCGUCGAAUUUUGCGAGAACAAUCAAAUCCACUGAAUUUAUUGAAACAGAGAAUUAUUAAUUAUGUUCAUCAAACUUAUCGAAAAGCUGGUAAAAUUUUAAUUUUUUUUUCAGAGAAUUUUCGAUCUAAACUUUUUUUUCCAGGAAAUCGUUCUCCACUUUUUACAAUCUGCGAAAAUGAGCCGAGAAUUGUGACGAAUUUUCAGAAUUUUGACUCGCUUUUGACACCUGAAAAUCAUGUUUCACGGUGAGUUUUUUUUUAAAAUCAUUUUUUGAGAAAUAAUAUUGGAAAAAUAAAAAAAAUGAUUCUUGAACACACUUGGCGAAGUUUUGAAUUAUUUUGAAUAUUCUCAUAAAAAUCCGCUGAAAAUCAAUGAACACUUUACUUUUUCGUCAAAAAAAUGUGCAGUGUGGCUUUUGAAAAUGUUCAUUAGCUUCCCGCCCGAAUCGAAAUUUUGAUUUGGGCGGGAAUUUUUAGUUGAAAAUUUUUGUACAGUGUCUUUUUUGGAUACGCCUCGACAGGAUUCUCGAAAAAUUUCUAUAUCUUUUUUCCAGCCGCCCAUCUGACACGUAUUACAUAAAUUCAAAUGAAUGUCUUCGAGCUCAUACUUCAGCUCAUCAACAUUCUUUAAUGAAACAAGGACUCGAUGCAUUUUUAGUAAUUGGAGAUGUUUAUCGAAGAGAUGAAGUUGAUCGAACUCAUUAUCCAUGUUUUCAUCAAAUUGAAGGAGUUCGAUUAUAUUCGAAAGAUGAAUUAUUUGGAAAAUCUGAAAAUCCUGCUGAAAUAUUUUCGAAAAAUGAAGAGAGAAAUAAAGAAAAACAAGGAGUUCAUACAUAUGAUGCGGUUCGAGUUGCUGAAAUUCAACUCAAAGAGUUUUUGGAGAAUCUUUGUGAUGAAUUAUUUGGAAAAGAUUGUCAGAAACGAUGGAUUGAUGCUUAUUUUCCAUUUACUCAUCCAUCUUUUGAAUUAGAGGUUAGGAAAUGUUUUUUAUUAAAAUUUUUUUUCAUUUAUGAACAACAUUUUUCUUUUUUCUAGUUUAGAUUUUGAUGUAAACUUAGAAUCUAAAAAAUUCUCCGAAAUUACAUCAAAAAUUUUCAGGUUUUCUACAAUGGACAAUGGCUUGAAGUGCUUGGCUGUGGAAUUAUGGAACAAGAAAUCCUCGAAUCCGCUGGUGUUCGCGACAAAAUUGGAUGGGCUUUCGGAAUCGGAUUAGAACGAAUCGCAAUGGUUUUGUAUGGAAUCCCAGAUAUUCGAUUAUUCUGGUCGAAAGAUAGUGGAUUUGUAUCACAAUUUGCAGGAAAAACACCGGAAGAUGAAGUAAAAUAUAAGGAGAUUAGUGCACAUCCACAGGUUUUUUUUUGAAAAUCGAAGAUAAUUUUGAUAGUGAGGAAUUUUCAGGUGAUUUUUGAUGUCUCGUUUUUCUUGCCGGAAAAUGUGCAAUUCAAUGAUAUGACUUCGGAUGUUUAUGAUGUUAUUAGAACAAUUGGUGGAGAACUUGUUGAACAGGUACAGUAAUUUUGGGUUUUCUGGAUUUGCAAAAGUAAAUCUCAAAUAUUCCAGGUCAAAUUAACCGACGAAUUCGAGAACAAGAAAAAGGGCAAAAAAUCACAAACUUAUCGAAUUGUUUAUCGAAGUCAUGAAAAAGCGCUGACGAAAGAUGAAGUCAAUGUGAUUCACAAAAAAAUUGAGCAAAACUUGGCGCAACAAUUUCAAGUUUUAUUACGGUAGAAUGAUUACGGUAUGUUUUUCGAAAGAGUUUUUGAAAUAAAAAUUCCAAAAUUAUUUUGCAGAUCUCCUCAACGCCUUGCUGA